CCUUCUGAAGAAAACACAUCUUUACACUUGAAAUAGUUUUCUUUUUUUCCCUUUCUUGGUAAUAAAAAAAAAAAACCCAAUCCUUUUCGUUUCUUCUUCUCCACACUUCUAGAUUUUUCUCAGCUAACGUACCAGAAAGAAGCAAGCUAGCCUAGCAAAACAUUAUAAAGAUUAAGACACAAAGGAGGGUCUGAGAGUUCGAGAAAACUAAUUAAAAAAAAAUGUGUUUGGAAUUUGUGUAUCAUGAAGAGAAGACGGAGCUUGGUCGGCAACAAGCACCGGGGAUGUGUCCAUACUGCGGGGGAAAAGUUUCGGCGGUGGAUAUAGAGACGAAGUGGUUGUUCUGUUUCUUACCACUCUGUUUCAAAGUCAAACGCAAGUACUCUUGUUCAUCCUGCGACCGUCAUCUCGUCUUGUAUUAUUGAACGAAACACGAAUAUAUAGAGCUAGAGAGAUGCGAAAAAUGAAGAAAGAAACCACACGAUCGAAGAGGAGAGGAGAGGGGUCAUUUGAAAUUGUAUUAUCUAUUUCUUUAUUUGUUUAUGGUCCUCUCAAUGUUGAGAUUUUUGCUUAAGAUAACGCCCCAUCGACCAUCGCGUGGUGGUGACAUUGAUUCAUUUCAUCGAGUUCUUUACUUUGUUUUGGUCGUUGUAAAUAAUCUGCUCUUAAUAAAGAUGAUUAUUCUAAUA